UGGAAACACUGACGUCCGCCGCAAUCACAGUGCUGGGUCUGUGCAAGUGCACGCAAUGAGCCGCUGGGACAGUGAGGAGAGUGAGGAGUUAAGUGGGCGAUGCAGGGAACGGGACCGGGUCCCCGCUGUCAGUUUCCUCCUCGUACUGUCCCCAUCUCCAACCAUGUGCAGGGCGCAGGAGGUGUGCAGCUAACCAUGCACCACAACAUCUCGGAGAACAGCUCAGCGUCGGAUGCUCCGGAGCCGAUGCAGGAGCUGGUCGUCGCCUCGGCGUUUGGUACCAUCUUAUCCUUCAUGUAUGUGGCCGGGGUGACGGGCAAUGUCUACACCCUGGUGGUGAUGUGUCAGUCCAUGAGAUCUGCUGCCUCCAUGUACAUCUCCAUAGUCAACCUGGCCCUGGCUGACCUCCUCUACCUCUCCACCAUCCCUUUCAUCGUUUGCACUUACUUCGCCAAGAACUGGUACUUUGGCGACAUGGGCUGCCGGAUCCUGCUCAGUCUCGACUUCCUGACCAUGCACGCCAGCAUCUUCACCCUCACGGUGAUGUGCACCGAACGCUACCUGGCCGUGGUCAAACCGCUGGACACGAUGAGGAGAUCCAAGGGUUACAGGAAGGCCACUGCCGGGGCGGUGUGGUUGGUGAGCCUGCUCUUGGCCCUCCCAGUAAUGAGCAUGUUUCAACUGGAUGAGACCAGGAGUGAGAACGGGGUAAUCAAGCGGACGUGCAUCACAACUUGGAGUCCGGAAUCCUACACUACUUAUUUGACUGUGCUUUUUAGCACCAGUAUUGUGGCGCCGGGAAUUAUCAUCGGCUAUCUGUACACCCAAUUAGCAAGGACCUAUAUGGAAUCGCAGAAGAACGCGUUGGCAAAGAGCGAGAACAAGCGAACAUCCAAGGAGAGAGUGGUCCUCAUGAUCUUCACCAUCGUUCUGGUCUUCUGGGCGUGUUUCUUGCCUUUCUGGGUCUGGCAACUUAUCCGUCUCUAUUCCGAUAGCCUGAACAUAACACGGCAGACACUAACUUGCAUCAACUAUUUCAUGACCUGCCUGACUUACAGUAACAGUUGUAUUAACCCUUUCCUCUACACACUGCUAACCAAGAACUACAAAGAGUACCUAAAAAAUAGGCACAGACAUUUCCAGCGAUCGGGAUCCACGUCCUUUGGAAGAAACACCAGUCUGCGGCGAUCGAUAAAAUCGAUCUCCUCGUGUCGUCAGAACAGCAACUCUUCCGAGACAGUGGGUAUGACUCACUUGAAAGGGUCGAAAUGA